AUGGCCCUCGCGCGCCGCAGCGAGCGCGCAGGCGCGCAGUCCCAUCCUGGCCUGGGGCCUCCGAAGGAUGCUGGUGUGCUGCUGGAGCGGCUGCGGCGGUUGGAGGCGAAGGUGAUCGCCAACCACGCUGAGUUCAUCGAGCACCGCUCCGAAACCGAGCAUGCGCUUCAGACUCUGCUGCGUGCCCAGCGCGACCGUGACGCCGCGGAGAGGGCGGCCACCGCCCACCAGGCGCUCUGUGCGGAGGACCUGGAGGCCAGGCUGAGCCGUGCCGCGCAGCUGGCGCGCGGCGUGUACGACCAGCAGCUGGAGCUGCAGGCGGACACCGAUGGCCGGCUGCGGCAGCUGCAGCAGGAGGUCUCCAGUCUGCAGCCCGCCGCCGAGGCAUUCGUGGCACCCCGUAGCAGCGCGAGCGGCUUGCAGGUUUUCGAGCUCGUGGAUGCGUGCGGCAGGGCCUGGCUCGAGAGGGCAGCCGCCCUCCUGCUCGAGGCGCGCCGGGAGCUGCGAGAGGAGCUGGACGCGGCAUGCCAGGGCCGCGACGGUGGCCUCAGCGACGCCGUCGCGGCCGAGUUGCGGCAGAUGCUGGAGGAUGUGCGUCAAGCAGCAGAGGUUCACCGCGCGAGGGUGCGCGACGAGGUGUCGGACACGGUCACGAGGGCGCUGGAGGGCGCCAUUGCGGACGCGCGCGAGCAGCUGCAGCACGAGGCCGCCGCGCAGCGGCGCCACUCCGAGUCCGCCGUGGAGGCGGCGCUUGCGGAAGCGGCCGCGCAGCUCGACGCUUCACUCGACGGGCGGCUGGAGGCCGUGCAGGCUGCCGCGCGCGCGCACGACCGAGUACACGCCGACGCCUCGCUGCCUGACGCGCCCACCUCUGCGCGAGCCGUGGAGGAGGUGCGCUCCGCGGCUGCGCGCGCCCUGGCCAGCUGCGACGCGGCUCUCGGCGGCUUCGGCGUCGUCCAGCGCGAGCUGCUGGACGAGCUGCGCACCUGCGCGGAAGAGCAGCGGGGCAGGAUCCGGGUUGCAGAGGGCGAGGUUGCCGUGUCGGUUCAGAGAGCCCAGAGGCUGUCGGAGGAGGCGGCAUCCUGGGGUGCCUCGGCCAGGGAGGAGGCGGCCGCGGCGAGGAGAUGCGCAGAGGCGAGCGCCCGCCUAGAGGGUGGGAGCGCGGCCGCGCUGAAGGGGGCGUCGCUCGCCGCCGUGCAGGCUGCGAGAUGGAGCGCAAGCGCUCGGCGGGAUGCCGCAGCGGCACGUGAGGGCGGCGAGGUCUCGGUUUGCGCGCCACUGGGCGAGCUGGCCGCCGCAGAGUCAGCCAAGUUGCAGGAGGCCGCGGGGCUGGCGCGCGAGGAGAUCGCCGCGGGGAUCUCGCAACUGGCGGAGGCCAUGGUGGAUGCACACACGCAGAUGCAGCACGAGGCCGCAGCGCAGCGGUGCCACUCCGAGUCUGCCGUGGAGGCGGCGGCCGCGGAAGCAGCCGCGCGGCUGGACGCUCUGUUCGGCAGGCGAUUGGAGGCCCUGGAAGUUGCCGCGCAGCAGCGCGACAGAGUGCACACCGACGCUGCGGCCACCUCUGCGCAGACCGUGUCAGAGGUCCGCUCCGAGGCAGGGCGCGCUCUGGUCAGCUCCGGCGCGGCCCUCGGCGGCCUCGGCGCCGUCCAGCGCGAGCUGUUGGACGAGCUGCGGGCCUGCGCGGACGAGCAGCGGAGCAGGCUGGGCGCCAGCUGCGCCGAGGCUGUGGGGCUGCUGUCGGAGGAGGCGACAUCCUGGGGCGCUUCGGCGAGGGAGGAGGCGGCCGCGGCGAGGGGAAGCGCAGAGGCGAGUGCUCGCCUGGAAGGCGAGAGCGCGGCCGCGCUGAGGCGGGCGUCGCGCGCUGCCGAGGAGGUGGCGGGGUGGGGCGCCAGCGCCCGGCUGGAGGCCGCUGCGUGGCGUGAGGCCGAGGCCGUGGUUGGCUCGGCAGCGGGCCUGGCGCGCGAGGAGGUCGCCGCGGGGAUCUCGGAGCUGGCGUCGUCCUCGGCGCGGCUGUGCGCAGGCCUGCGGGAACAGGCGGCCGAGGAGGCCGCGCAGCACUCGGAGGCCCUGGGGCGUGCCGCCCGCAGCUCCUGCGCGGAGAUCGGCGGCCAUGUCCGCGCCGAGCUCGAGGGCGAGGAGGCCGCGGGCCGGCGGACCGACGCGGCCUUGCGGUCCGAGGAGCAGACGAGGCGCAUCGUGGCGCAGGAGCUCCGCGCCCGGGCCAGGCAGGCCAGGGCCGUCGGCAAGGCGGUGGCGCGGCACGAGCUGGACGACGCCACCCACGAGGACCUCUGCGCCGGCCUGGCCGCCGCGGGCCUGGAGCAGGCGCCGGGCGCCCCCGCCGCCGCCGGCCAGGCGGUGCUCGAGCGGGUGGCGCAGGCGCGGUGGUUGCUGCGGAGCCUGCGCUCGGAGGUGGCCCAGGAGCUCGCGGCGGGCGAGGCCCGGGGCCUCAUCCGGCAGGAGGCGCGGGACGCCGCGCGGGCCUGCGCCGACCAGCGCCUGGAGGCACUGCAGCGGCGCGUCUCGGAGGCCCUGGCCGAGCACGAGGCCCGCCUGCGCCUCGAGCUCGCCGCCCGCGGCGCGGAGGUGGCCGAGGCCCUGCGGCGCGUGGCCGGCCGCGACGACGCGCUGCGGGCCGACCUGGCCGAGCUGCGGGCGGCGAGCAGCGCGCGGCUGGGCGCGCUGCGCGGCGAGCUGGAGGAGCUGGGCCGCCGGCUGAGCCGAGAGGCGGGGCGCCUGGAGGAGGCGGCUGCCGCGGGCGCGGGGCGGGCCAUGGAGGCGGCCAUGGAGGGGGUCGCCCACAGCGUCGCCCUUCAGCUCCACGCCCGAGGGGCGCAAGUCCCGCGCGCCGCGGGCGCGAGCGCCGCCGACGGCGCCGCAGGCGGACUCGCGGACGUGCGG